UGGAGGAAUACACAAUCUAGGAAUGUGCUGCAGACCAGACCUCAGAAGCCAUUUUGGGAUGAUGUCCCUGUUGAGAAAUCGCAUGAAGAUGCUGAAAUCAACGAACAUGGUUACAUUUCUGUCUGUUUCUCACUCCGUCUCCUCUAUUUCACCAUGGCAGCUGUCAACCGACGGGACAUUAGAAAAGCGGGGUAUCAAGCUGUGCUCACAGAGUUAAAACGUCAUUGAUAUGAAAGAGGAGAGUGUCUGUUUACUGUCUCUGUCGAGACAUGUAACACCGUGAGUUUUUUCCAGUCUGAAAUCUUCCAGCAUCUCUCACAACCCACCGUCUCCUUGAGUGACUGAGUUAAUUCACUCUUGUACCGGAGAGAAGGGAGGCAGAUCCGUUUUCCAAUGGCUUCUGUGAGCCUUGUUUCCAGUCCCCCAGCCCCCGUUCUUGACAAAAACAUGACAGACUCUGAGCUUGCAGGGGAUGAAAGAGAGGAUGGCGAACUGGAAGACGGAGAAAUAGAUGAUGAAGGGAUUGGAAUUGAAGAGGAAAAUAAAGAGGCUACAGAGCUGAAUGACGACAAAGAAAAAGAGAAGGAAAAGGAAAAGGAAAAAGUUAAAGAGAAAGAAGAAAAGACUCACAGACACUCCAGGAAAAGAUAUAAAAAGACCAGAGAGAAGAGGAGGUCUAAAAGGAGGAGGCGUGACAGACAGAAACAUCACUCCCCCUCCAGCAGCUCCAGUUCUGACAGUUACGACUCGGACUACGACCGAGUAGAAAGACCCAAAAACCGGAAGAGCCAGGGCUCUAGCCGCGAGUCUGAUGGCCAGUCCUCACAGCACGGAAGGGAUUCAAAGGGAAGCCAUGGCAAGUCCCCACCACAUAAGAGCAGUGAUUUUGACAAAUACAGCGACUACAGUGAUGACAAAUAUGACUAUGAUGAAGAAGAGGAUGAUUACGAAGAUGACAUGUCACAGUAUCCGCAGUCAAAGGAUUCAACUUCCCUGAGUCACGGCAAGGGACGUCAUGCUAAAGACCAGAUGAAGAGAGGAAACAUGAGGGGGAUGAAACAACAGCAGUUUGGGCAGAGGGGACGGGGCAGAGGGAGUGGACCAGGAAGAGGACGUGGGAUGCUCAACAAGAACAAGAAGUUGAAGGGCAAACCCUGGGGAGGACGUGGACGAGGUCGAGGAGACCAGGGCAUGGAAGACAUGGCACCGGAAGGAAAAAAUUCUUCUGGUUUUCAGAAGAAACGGCCGAUUAUGAGCAAGGAGUUUAUCAAUCAGCACACAGUUGAACACAAUGGUAGAUACAUCUGCAAGUAUUUCUUGGAGGGUCGAUGCAUUAAGGGGGAACAGUGCAAGUUUGAACAUGAGCUUGUCGUGCCAGAUAAAAAAAAGGAGCUUUGCAAGUUUUACCUCCAAGGAUACUGCAGUAAAGGGGACAAUUGCAUUUACAUGCACAAUGAAUACCCUUGCAAGUUCUUUCAUACAGGAGCCAAAUGCUAUCAAGGGGACAACUGUAAAUUUUCCCAUGAGCCUUUGACUGAUGUGACCAAAGAGUUACUUGAUAAGAUAAUUAACACAGAAGAGGAAAAUGCUCGUGAGGACGAGUUGGAGCUGGAGGAUCUGAGAAAGCAAGGAAUUGCCCCUCUUCCGAAGCCUCCUCCUGGGGUGGGGUUGCUACCCACUCCUGGUCAGAGCAGUCCUACUGAUGGCCCCUCCUGUCAAGGCGGGAAGAAGAUCCCCUCCCUGUUUGAAAUCAAGGUUCAACCAACUGUAAACUUGGCACAAAAAAUUGGUCUGAGUGGCUCCAGCUUCUCCCAGAACCAAGGUGAAGGCACCAGUCAGUUUAGUGGAGGCUCAGAGGACAUGCAAAGUGGAAGUGUGGUGUCUUCAGGCCCUUCUGCUCCUCCCAUUCCUCCCCCCGGGUCACCUGUUCCCAUGGGUCACCCCACUGGGCCACCCAUGCCACAGACACAGAGCCCCACAGGACAACACCCACCUCACGGAUUUCCAAUGCAGUCACCAGUUCCCCCUGGUCAACCACCGCCCUUUCAUGGAAACCGACCAAACAACAACCCUCAGAUGAAUACGCAGAGGCCUCCAUUCCCUCCGGCACCAGAUCUACAGAUGCUGCAAAGUCUCUUCCCUUUUCCAUCAAUGAGCCAGAACCCAGUAGAGUUUUUCAGCAGCUUCCUCCGAAAUCAGGCUAUGGGUCAACAAGGAGACCCUGGUCUGGCCUUCAUACAGAACCUCCAGCAGCAGAUGGGCGCAGAGUCACAGUUGCAGUCUUUACCACCAGCAGUGCAGAAAGCCAUAUUUUUACACCUGACACAGCAGCAACAAGAGUCACAUCCACAGGGGACUGAGCCGCAGAGAGCAGAGGGCCAGGAAGAUAAUGCAAACAGAGAUGAAACUACAAACUGGUACUCAAGUGAUGAGGAGGAUGGGAACUGUGUUUCCUCCAUUCUUAAAUCUCUGAAGAAGCAUAAUGAGAUGCAGCAGGCUCAGUCCAACCCCCCCCAGGCUGCCCCGGUUGCUGCAGCACUGGGUGAUCCUCGGCUUGUGAAGGAGAGGGCCUCACCCUGUGACCCCCGUAUGAAGACAGACCCUCGACAGCGACCACCCGAUAUGAAAAAGGAGUUGGAUGGAUCUGUAGAUCCAAGACUCUCCAGAGACCCCAGGAAGAUGAGACCUAUGGAGCCGAGUUCCUAUCGCCAGCAGAGCCACCCUGCUCCUCAUAAGCCUCCUACUGGAGAUGAGGACGAUGAGGGAGAGAGGGAACUCAGGGAUAAAGCGGUUCUCAUCCCUUUAGAUGCCAGCCCCAGUGUAGUGCUGCGGGACCCUCGUUGCCAGUUAAAGCAGUUUAGCCACAUCAGGGUAGACAUCCUGCUCCAGCGGCCAGCCUUCGCUCAGACAGUGGUGUGGGCCCCUGAGGACCUUAUCCCUUCCCUCGUGCCCAAACAGGAACACUCCAUCAACCUUCCCCUUCCACCCCUAAUUGCAGACGCUCAGAUGAAGAGAACAAGUCUGUCUGACCAUCCUCCUGUCUCCAGCCCUCCUCCAACUGACCCAAGACUGGCGGCUGCACGUUUGAAGGAACGUAUGAGUCGACUGUCUGCUGGAUCUCUAGAGUCUCGAUCCUCCACUGAAAGACCUGCAGAUCCACGUCAGCAGAAGAGCCUGGACCCCAGACUCAAGCGUACAGGAAGUCUGGACUCUAGGCAGAAGGAGCCCUCCUCUGGGGGAGGUGUUGUGGACCCUAGGCUACAGAAGGCCAGUGCUGGCUCCUCUCCUCAUGCUGCUCGUGCCAGGCCAGAGCCUGAGAAGCUGCCACCGUAUGCCCCUCGUCUUGCAUCCUCUGGUGGUGGGCUAGAGAGUCCCACUACAAUCCUAGGGGGUAUCAGUCUAUAUGAUCCUCGUAAUCAAACUGAGCAGGCUCAGAAGGAGCAAGCAGAGCCUCCUAAGAAGGUGGGGAUUCUCAAACAUCCAGAUAAGAAAGACAAUACUCUGCCACCGUCACUCUCACCAACUCAGCAGAGUAGCUCUUUUGAAGAAGCUAAAAGCACAGACGUCUCAGCUCAGCCUCUACCCACCAGUUCUCCCAGCUGUCCUCCUACGUCACCCGUCAAACCCCCUGCAGUUCACAAUCUUCCCAUCCAGGCACUGGCUGGGCUGAUCCGACCCCAGUACACAGACACCAGACAGGCAAAACCAGGAGGACAGGGCUCUACAGGAGCCCAAGAAGAGAUGGAAGAGAAGGAGAAGGAGCAGGAACAAGGGCAGGAGGAGGCCAUGGAGGACAAACCAAAACAGGAAGAUCCAGAAGAGGAGGCAGACGACAGGACACUUAAAGAUGUGUUCAAGACUUUUGAUCCCACCGCGUCCCCUUUCUGUCAGUGAUCAUGACUAAUCUUUGUUUAGCUUUACACAAACCUAUUUAUUUCUGUAAAUACAUGAUCCUGUAUAGAAUCGCUUCAUAUCUAGUGCACCCCACUGUUGUCAGUGUAGAGAUGAUGCUCAAUAUGUGCACAAAUGACGGUCUGUAGUUCCGUUUCACAUAAUCCUAUUAAGGCUGAAAUGUGUGAUUUGAAAGUGUGUGAAGGUCUUUUAUCAUUGUGUGAUUUUUUUUUUUUUCCACGUACAUUUUAAACAAUCUGGGGGAAAAAAAGGAAUUCUGUCAGUUGUAUAGUUUUCACUAAGGACUGACCCACAUGUUGCGUACUAAAUUCUUAAUUUUACAAUUUGUAGAACAGAUCGUUCAUUCACUAUGUGCAGAGAGAUAAUGUGAAGAAAUCGAUCAAGCAAAAGACUGAAUUUUUGUAUUUCCUUAUUUAUUUCACGCUUUUACAUUAUGAGAUUUUUAUGUUAAUAUUUACUUCUAUGAGAAUGUGUUUUUCCACAUGAGUCAAAAGAUUUUUUAUUUUAUUUUUUUGUUUUGAACAGCUGACAAGAGUUUGUGUCUUGUUAACAUCUGACACAAUGAGGUCAGAUAAUCAAAAUGCAUGUUUACCAGAUAAUAAAAGGCACAUGUGCUGAUGGUGAGAUACAGAACUUUGUUCAGUUCCUUUUCCUAAAAUCCAUAUACUAAUGACUGAUUGCUCUUCCUUUUUUACAGAAUUGUGUUUUUGAAUUCAAUUCUCAACAAUUAAGCUAGCUUGCAGAAAUGUUUGUGAACUAUGAGAUAGUGACCUGGUUAGUUGAGCAGAAAAUCUUUGAAAUACUAUAACCAUUCAGCUUCUUUUUUGUACAUUUCUUGACUUAAUUUUAAGUGGUCUAAAAAUGUAAGGAUUUAACAUUACUGUUGUAGGCUUUUCUACCUUGCUAACCAGUUCAUAAUGACAGUAAAUUAAUGUUGGUUACUUCAUUUGAUUUAUCUUUGCCUUCCUCAAAACACUGCUAACAGGCUUGUAAAUAGCAAGUAAACUGUUUUUCACUUGUUUUCAUCAAAUAAGAAUUCAAGAAAGAAGUAGGGUGUAUUAUAAAAAGAAAGAUACAGAUAUAUGAUAAAAUAUCACUUUUAUGACUAUGUUUCGUGUUGAAUUUUGUUGGAGCAAAUGUAAGCUGGCAGUUUGUAUUGUUUGAGAGUACGGUGUCUGUCAAGGUGAGCUCUCUUUGACUGAAGCCAGGCUGUGUACUUUUUAGAAAUUAUUUUCACAGGUCACAUUUUAAAUACCUAUUUUGUAUCAUGUGUACAGUCUGUUUUUGAGUGUUUUUUUGAAUAAUGUUAUCUUUUUUCCUGUCAGUAUGGUGGUUAUGGUUAUUAUAAUACCGUAUGACAUUUUAUCGACACAUAUGCUCGUCAUAUUUCAGUGAUUUUAUUAUGAACAUCUGAAAUAAAGAGAUCAUGAGGUAUUUCA